AUGAACGGCACUCCCCUCCUCUCGUCUGCCUUUCCGCAGACGCCUAAAACAAUUCCUGGAACCGAAAGGAGGAAGCUCUUUGAAACUCCGCGAUCACAGCCUCGAGAGAAUCGUCUGCGGACGCCACGCAGAUCGGCGACGAAAUCACCUUCGAAGCUGUCAAAACUACCACCUCCCGCGAACGAUGUGCCACUGAUCCCCACCAACCUAAUCGAUGCUCCCUCUCAACGACUCUAUGUCGUAGCUAUAUACAUUGCUCUGAACGCAUGGCGCAUUUACGAGUCCUUGACCGCAUCCGAUGAUCUGGAUUCUACUUGGCUGUUGUUGAAAUGGGCUACGCUAGAUGGAAUCUUCUUGGUCGGGCUGCAGGCUCUGCGCAUACCUUGGUUGGAGUGGGCAUUCCCGACCACGCUCACUCUGUUCUUACUGCACGUCGUGGGAAAUGUCUUCUUGAUGUUCCGCAUCCCGAUUCCCUUGGGCGCCUGGCUCUCCGGACUAGUAAAGGUGGCAUAUGACCGCGAACUGUCUAUUUCCGAGCGCAGGGUCAAGCCUGGCGAUAUCAUUCACAAUUCGUCCUUGAUCUUGGGAAGGCAGAUCGUGCACAUUCUGCCAGAGGGAUCCGCCAUUCUCAAUCCGGAUCGGAACUCGCUUUGCCUUGAUUCUCAGCAAUCUAUAAUCGAUCUGCCCAUCCGUGUCAACCAGACCGACCCAGUCUUGAUCGAAGUUUUGCGUCUGGAUCUCAACACUGGCGAGAAUGAAACAAUCACCAUUCCGACCAAGCAACUGAAAGCCCUCAAAAAGCAGGCAGAGAAGAAACAUGCUCCGGGGGAACUCCACCGAGAUUUGCUCUUCCCAGUUCGCAAGACUGGUGUCUAUCGUCUUCAACGAGUAGUUGAUGAGUCUCAGCUCGAUGUUCACACGCGAACAUUCGAUGCGCUGGUGGUUUCCUGCCCGCGCGCAUUGAUCAAAAACUCACACAUCGACAAAUGCAAGGGCGAACUAUCUAACUUCAAGUUGGAGGUGGAAGGCACGCCUCCGUUGAAGAUCAAAUACAGUCGCCAAGUCAAUAACCUCGAUCGCGGAUUCUCGGUUCUCAACAUUCAGCCGGACAACCUGCGCUCUCCGCUGCUCAAUGGCAGGACUACUGCUGCUCUCUAUAGCAUCAACCAGCCCGAUGUUUCGUGGGCCCAGAGCCAGAAGAUUGAGGUUCCCUUGAAUGAAUCAUUGAAUGACGCAGGAGAAUGGUUCUACACCGUCGAGGAGGUUCAUGAUGCCAUUGGCAAUGUAGCCAAUUAUUCAACCCUCUACCAUGAAGGAGAUCGCCCGUCCACCAAGUCACACUCUCAGUGGUACCAAUUCUCCGUUCACGAGCGCCCGCAGCUGUCAUUGCAGAGUUGCAAUUCUCAAAAUCCGCUACAAGUUGCCAAGGGUGAUAGCACGAGGUUCCCCCUCAACUUCCACCCCGACGGACGUGCAUACUCGAGUGAUGGUCCUUUCUCGAUCGGGUACUCGUUCACAGGCGUCACAGAAGUAACAGCCCAGGAACAAACUGCCGAGCUCAAGCACAUGAACCAGACUUUGGAUAUCAAGGAGCCUGGUCUGUAUGCCUUGACCUCGGUCUCUACCAAGUUCUGCUCCGGAGAAAUCCUGGAGCCUUCAUCUUGCUAUUUGCACAACCCGCCUGAGCCUGAGCUGGCAGUCAAGACUGAGAAAAUCUUUGACCGCUGUGCCAACAACGCUAUCGGAUUACUCGUGGAUCUGGACCUGACGGGAUCGCCUCCUUUCUCUCUGCGCUAUAGCAUUGAGAGCUCCAAGGGGGUCGUUUCCAAGGUACAAAAUAUCGAGGGAAUGCGUACACAGCUCGAUUUCACACCCUCAGAAGCCGGCUCAUACACCUACCGUUUCUUGGACCUUGAAGACGCCGUCUACUCGCCGCGCACUCUCAAGCUACCCGCGCUUGAGCAAGACGUGAAACCACCGGCUUCCGCUCAUUUCGUGUCCAGACAACUGAGAUCCGCCUGUUUCGGCGAGACUGUUCCUGUGGAAGUUGCUUUCGUUGGAGAGGCCCCAUGGACCUUGCAAUAUGAGAUCGUUCACAACGGCAAGCGAUCGAAGAAGACACUGGAAGCCGAUACUGAUGUGGCAACCAUCACUACUGACAGACUGGUCAGCGGUGGUGAAUACACCUUGUCGCUCACCAGCGUCAAGGACAAAUCUAAUUGCAAGCGGACUCUCAAGGAUACCCUCAACAUUGAAGCCCGCUCACAGCCCCCGCAUGUCUCUUUCGGUCAAAUUGAUAAGAAGAGGAGUGUGUUGGCCUUGCAGGGCUCCCAGAUUGAGAUUCCUUUGAGGCUGAGUGGCGAGCGCCCUUGGACUGUCAAGUACAAGGUUGACGACUCUGAACCCGUCCAGAAAAUCUUCUGGGAUGCAAAUAGUGUCCUCACCGUGGACAAGCAGGGACUUUACACGAUCACGGAAGUCUUUGACGUCGGUUGUCGCGGAAAUGUGGAUGAGUCUGCAAAUGAUUUCGAGGUCUCCUGGAUUCCACGGCCUCAAAUCACUGCCCUCGACGGUUCACCCAUCGGAGCCGCCACAGAAUUUGCCAAGGCCGAGGUCUGCCAAGGCGACGAUGAUAGCCUCGAGGUUCGACUGUCAGGCAACCCUCCGUACAACCUUCAAUAUGAGAAGCGGCGCAAGGCGGAACGUGGGGGAUUCUCUGCAGCGAAGCCCCGCGCUUUGAAGUCUGCUCUUGCUGUGACUUCGAUGGAAAUGGAUACCUCGGAGGCUGGAGAAUACAGCUACAAGUUCACGCAAGUCGGCGACAACCUCUACGAUCACGAUCCCGAGAGUAAACCUCUGGUCGUGACACAGAAGGUGAACCCGCUGCCGUCUGCCAAAUUCGACCAACCUGGCCAUGUCUUUGGCUUCUGUCAGGAAGACAUCAACGGCGAGGAAUCGAUUCCGAUCACCUUGGAGGGUGUCCCACCGUUCUCACUGGAGAUCAGCAUCAAACACCACUCAAACGCAAAGCCGGAGAUUGUCACCAUUCCCAAGAUCAAUUCUAAACGCCACAAGCUGCUGAUCCCUCGUCGUCAUCUCGACUUGGGGCAGCACCAAGUCAGCAUCUACAAGGUUCGCGAUUCACGCGGAUGUCAAAAGACGACUGACCUUGAUGCCUCUUCGGUGCGGGUUGCCAUUUCCGACGUUCCCACCAUUAUCCCACUUGAGUCCAAGGUGGACUACUGCGUGGGUGAACGACUUUCAUUCUCUCUGUCCGGUCAUGCACCAUUCGACGUGUUCUACACCUUCGACGGUGCCAAGCGCAAGGCCACUUCCCAGACCACCAACUUCCGUCGUAUUGCCGAACUUCCCGGUGAAUUCACCAUCAAUGCCGUCAGUGACGGAGCCAGUGGAAAAUGCAAGGCCCACAAGGACAUCACCAAGAUCAUCCACCCGAUGCCGAGCGUACGGAUCAGCAAGGGCAAGGAGUCAGUGGUGGAUAUUCACGAGGGUGGAGAAGCCGAGCUUCACUUUGAGUUCUGGGGCACGCCACCAUUCGAAUUCACAUACAUCCGUAGCUCGAAUGUCCGCAAGGGGAAGAAGUCGGAGAUCCUUGAUAUCAAGCACGACAUUUCCUACGAAAACUUCAAGACCAUCAAGACUUCUGAUGAGGGAACUUACGAGGUUGUUGCUAUCAAGGACAAGUUCUGUUCCUUCUCUGCCCAGACCCCGGGCAAGUCGGACAGAUGA